UAGACAGAUAAAUAGAUGGAUGGAUGGAUGACCCCACUGCUCCCCUCCCUACCAGCCCCAGCUGUCAGCUCCUUUCCUGACUUCCCCACCCUGCCCCCGGUGCCAUGGCGUCCAGCGAGGAGGACGGCACGGUUGAGGAGAAGGAAAACAACAACAAGAAGAGAACGAAAAGCGCCCUCGCUACCGCAUGGCUCACUUUCUACAACAUCGCCAUGACCGCCGGGUGGCUGGUUUUGGCAAUUGCAAUGAUGCGGUUCUACAUCAAGAAAGGCACACACAAGGGUCUGUACAGAAGUAUAGCAAGAACCCUCAAGUUUUUCCAGACUUUUGCAUUAGUUGAGGUGGGACAUUGUGCUAUAGGAAUUGUGAGGACUUCUGUGAUUGUAACUGGGGUUCAAGUGUGUUCGCGGAUUUUCAUGGUUUGGUUUGUUACCAACAGCAUCAGACAGAUCCAGAAUGAAGAAAGUGUAAUCCUGUUCCUGGUUGUGUGGACGAUGACAGAGAUUACCAGAUAUUCCUACUACACAUUCAACCUUCUCAACCACCUGCCGUUCUUCAUCAAAUGGGCCAGAUACAACCUCUUUAUCGUCUUGUAUCCACUGGGAGUCGUUGGAGAGCUGCUCACCAUUUAUGCUGCUCUGCCAUUUGUGCGCAGAUCUGGAAUGUACUCCACGAGGCUUCCCAACAAGUAUAACGUGUCGUUUGACUACUACUACUGCCUCAUCAUUGUCAUGCUGUCCUACAUCCCACUGUUUCCUCAGCUCUACUUCCACAUGCUGCGGCAGAGGAGGAGGGUGCUUCACGGGGAAGUCAUAGUGGAGAAGGACGACUAGACGAGCACCACCUUACACCUUUGUUUGAGCCAGCCUGCCUCCACAUCACCCUCACCUCCGCUCCUUCUCACCUUUCGGUUAACAUUCUUCACUGCACGGGACCCGAAGAGCAGCUGCCGACCCGGCUGACGAGAGCUCCAACUUCAGCUCCAACUCUGACUUCAUCAGAGUAAAUUACACCUGAUUCUGAGAGCAGGAUCAAUUCCUAUUUGAAUGGUAAUCUGGCAAGAUGUUUACAGGCUGUUGCUGGAGCUUGAAGCGAAAGCCUGGCCUCAUGUCUCAGCGCUGAGAGUUCUUGAGUCCUUUAUUCACCCACCAGCUUUAAUUCUGGUUGCACUGAAGAGAAACAAGCACUGAGUCGCACAACUGCACCCUGAUGGAGAAAUGUGAAAAGAAAUAUGGAAAGAAGCUUUUAAGUUGUUCGCUCCGAGUCCCCCUGCUCAGCCAAUUGGCUUUUAUUUAUGUUUUACACAUACAGCCAUGUGGCUGCAUAAAAAAGGUUUCAAAAGAGAGGAUAUUCAAUUUUAUCAUACCUCAACAAUAAAUCUGCAUUUCGACAAUGUGCUGCUGCUUUUGUGUAUGUUUGUUUUACCUGAUGUGUACAUGACACAAUGUGAACUGAGCAGUUAAUAAGAAGCAUAUUUCUUAAUUUAUUCACAUACUGUAUGACUAAGAGCAAACAUAGCUCAAACUUAACACAGUCUGCUUGGCACAGCUCCUGAUUUUUUUUAUGUUUUCAAUGUUUACUGUGUCAAGUUCAUUUACAAGAGUGCAUCUUAAGAUCGUUCAUCUUUACAGAAGCGGAAACGUUUUCUGUAGGUCACUGUAGUAUGAGCACUCGCAGUCUUCAGUCAGUGUCUUGUCUGUUUUUUAACGUAAAUAACCUGGUGUCCAUGAUAGAAAGGUAGUUCCACUCCCUCCUACUAAAGGUGCUAUCGUAAGGUCAUUUCAAUCUUCUGUGCAGCUGAAGGAGUGACUGUGAUUGGAGUUGACCUGAAGCAGGAAAGCAGGAUGUGAAAUGACUGAAAAGGGAUGUUAGUUGAUGAACUACAUAGCCCAUGGUUAUCUAGGAGAAUCAACAGUUUGCAUAUAAUUUGAGGAAAUUUAAUGUUAAAUUCAAUGAAAAAUGUUUUUCAAGGAAAAAAAAUAAUAAAAAUGUGAAAACCUUUUUUGUGCAAAAUGAAUAAACUCAAUUCUACAGCA